AUGUUUAAGAAGGUCCUGGGAUAUAUCUUGGACUUUGGGGACAAAUGGAUAUUUACGUCAUUGAUCCAAAAGCAGGACAAAUUUCUUGCUGAAGCUACUAGUGAGUCAAUUUAUCGAGAUUUAGACAAAAUUCUUCCUACUCGAGAUUCAAUAGACGAAAAAGAGCGUUUAUCCGCAAUAUUUGAGCAGGACUGCGUUAAAAGCCCGUCCGGAGAAAAAUACUGGAACGUAGAGAGUCUGAAAAGGUUCAUACAGCGAACUUAUUCUGAAGCCGUGAUCUCUGGCGCUGGAGUUCAGUUGCUCUGGAGGAGUUUCCACUUUUUCGCCUAUUGCCCAUUCCCUCAAGACCCGCAGGAUGGAAGAGUCAAUUUUAAUGCAUUUUUACGAGCGACAAAUAUGAUAGUUUUCCAGGCGGAUAAACAUUUUGGUGAUUUCAACCGCUCUUGUGCUGGUUGGGGGCAUGAACCUGAAUUCCACGAGAAGGCUUCCUUUAGACGGAUACUUAGAAGCAUUGGAGUCCCAGUGAAAGCUAUAUCGCAGCCAGAAAAGCACCAGGCAGAGAAGCACCAAGCUGUGGUAACUUCUACACCAACGGAAUCGACUUCUAUAUUAUGGGAUAUUGUGGAUUCUUUAGCAAUUGGAAUACCAGGCUUUUGCGAUUUGACCAUUCCCCAAGAAGAAAUCGAAGAAGCGGCUCCGAGAAUACGGGAGGAAUUUGCUACAUUUAUGAGAAGGAAGGUUAAUCGGGAAGAAAUGUCAAUACUCAUAAGCUUAAUACUACGUGUGAGAUUGGUAAAAGAGAAAUGGCUGUACUUUGCUAUGGGCGAGAUUGCGGAGACCAACCCUGAAGGGGAGACGUUAACGUUAUCCUUGGUCAAUAGCUUGAUUGACGGAGAAGAGUUUCCCCUGGACCAAUACACCAGAGUGGCAGACAUUCUGCCUUACCUUGAUAUCAAAUUCUAUCAAUUGUGGGCCGUCCUCUUCCAGCCUUCAGGACCUAGUACCGAACCGAAAUCACCUAGAUCUGCACCAGCCUAUGUUUGUGGAGCUAUUUCUCUGUUUCUUCCACAAUGGGGGAACACUCAUCGUGAUUUAUACGAUUACAGUGAGGAAAGCAAUGUUAUUUUGUUUGAGAGUUCGCGUAUUCCACCAUCAGUUCCGCAUGAUACAACCAUGGUGCGCCUAGUUCAGGCUCUAUUCGGCCAUCCAGACCCCCAAGUCGUCUUAUUCGGUAGCGAGGCAAAAGGGAAAACCCCAAAAACCGUUAUUGGUGCAUAUAUUCCUUGUCCGAUAUGCUCUGCCUACGAUGAAGACACACAUCGUUUCAAAAUGUCAUUGGUCCUUUUCCAACUUCAGCCUGUCUUCCGGACCAUUCGCUUAGGAAAACCUGUCAUUUCCAUUACACCAUCGAACAAACCGAGAGAGAAGACAUCCCUGGUGGAAAUGGUGGAACGUGAAGGAUCACCUAACAUUCCCUACUGUAUAGGUGCCGGGACCAGCAACGAUGGAGCCAGCAUCAGAGUGAACCCUGAGAAGGGGACGGCAACUCUUGUCAGCGGUGGUCGGCAGUGGAAUGGAGACUUCGGAAAUGGCAAAGCUGAAGAUGAUCAAUUGGAUAGUUGGGAGGUUACCGUACAUGACCCCUGGAUGGAGAUGUAUACGGCGAACGAGAGAGAGAGGCAUUGUUCCGACAAACUCACAAUGGUGACGGGCAAGGAACUGGAGAAAUUGAGGAAGACAAUUGUUGAAGAGGUCAAGUACAAGGACGAGAAGUUGCGUUGUGCCGUUCUUCACUCAGCGUACCGGCAGGACUAUAAGCUUCUACCUGAUGCGAACAAUAACCUCCAUACUACCUUCUGGGUCCUGCCGGACGAUGAGGACGAUAAGGACGAUGAAGGCGCUGAGUGA